GGUCUCAGAGGUAGAGAACAGUCGCUAUUUAAUACCCCACCCUGACGACGUAUGUUUGUAAACCUUUUUGAAGGUUCGAAGACCGAUGUGUAUGUAUGUACCCGCCGUCUCGUCCACAUAGUACGCCGGCUCGAAGUUGUAGGAGACAGAGGUGUAUGCAUUGCAAAUAUGUCUGGAUCUGGAAGAGCGCAAGGUUUGUCAUGCUCGACCAGCAUGCCUCUCAAAUGUGUCAUGCACGUUACCUAAUAAACGCCCCAUUUUUAUGUCAUGCAGAAACACAGUUUGGCAUGCAGAAUGGGCAACACCUAGCAAGUAAAAAAUCUGUCAUGCGCGUGUCCGCAUGAUCGUUCAACCAGCAUCACAAGUUUCCCGACCCAGACAGAUUUGCAAUCCGUAAGGUGUUUUCGCCCGUGUGCGCGUCUUUCACCACUGCGAGCACCGGGUACUCGCACAGAACGUCGACUUCAACAUGUGCCGUGCCAGAAGUUUUCGUACCAGAUGUGGAAAUAUUUCUAGCGUCCUUGCACAUAAAAGCGGCCGGGAAUCCUGGUUUUCCUUGCAGUCCUCCUGCUUGUUGAUCAUCCCCCGGAUUCAUUUGGGAGAAAACGGAAGAUCCACCGUUCUGGUCGUUCCAAAGCUCCGAAAACUGCUUCAGUGCCGUGUUGGAAAGCAUAACGGGCAUCACAUGGAUCUCGUCUUCGUGUGGAGCUGCAUCCCCUUCGUCGUCACCGUUGCUGGCAGCGGCCUGCUGCUCCUGGGCAGCUACUUCAUCUUGCGUGGCUUGGGAGUGGGAGUUCGGCCAAGAAGAGAGAAAUUUGUUCCGCAUGUGCAAAACCUCCACAGCAUGAUCCUGCUUCAUGUUGUUCUGCAGAAGCAAUUGUUGACGAUGUUGCCCAGGAGGAGCUGCAGUUCCACCCGGCUUCUGCACUUCUUCCACUUCCAGCUGCGCACCGCUCACGGGACAGAAACAUUUUCCGUCGACGGGCACGUUUGUAUAACAGUGCCCAGCUCCCCCUCCCCCUCAUUUGUAUAGCAUCUCGAACGGCAAUGCAAGCAUCAGAAAGAAUGCCGGUUUUGCAUGGCAAAUUUGCACAGGGGUGUAGUACUGUUUUUUUCGUAUGUUUGUACCACUUUUAUUAUCUCGUCCUACAUGUACAAACAAGCGUCCUACAUGUACAAACAAGCGUAUCUGACAAAACUGAACAACAGGUGCACCACAAGGCAUGCUUUUGAGUUUUAAUUUCUGCGACCCGGUCCUUCUAGAUGAUGCCAGAGAUGAUCUUUGAUCAACUUCGUGAAUCCCACCUGCACCCUCGCGAGGCCCUUUCUGCCCUCUGUGUAUCAUCUGCUGCUCGGUCAUGUUUUUUUCCAAGAAUUACGAUGGACCAUUGCCCGCCUACCCAUACCAAUCCCCCCCCCCACCCGUUGCGCUGGACCGAACAUGAACACAACCACAAGGGCAGGCGCGGGGCCCGUCUUAACUGUCCCAAACGGCACACCCCUGGCCGCAAUUUACAGCUAAAAGUCGAGUCCUUGCAGGUUUACGCAGUGGGUUAUGCAUCUGGGCGGCUCGUGGUCAUGUCUGCGUGGCACAGGCACAGUUUGCAUCUUUCCGUAGCCGCGUGCUUCGUUUUCCUUCUGGUCCGAGCUUUCGGACGCCUUGCCACUGCUGCGCCCGUUUGGUGAAUGCAGCGCGCCAGGCGCAGGCCUCUAUGUGCGCGCGAAUGGAAUAGCAUAGUGAUGUCGUACACCCCCCCGCGCCUGCUCUGCGUAUGUGCUUGGGUCAUUUUCCUUCCUUUUUUUGUUAGAUAGAACGGGCCGCGCGUGCCAACACGCACAUAGUUAGCCAAUAGAGAUCUGUAGCAUCUUAGCCGCCCAAGCCCCUGACUUUUAACGUUUCUAGCCUGUAGCCCCUCCCCACUUCAGGAAGUACCCAACGGCGAAGCCCCUUCCCCUAUAUUUUGCUGUGUUCUGUUCGGUCGCCCCGCAGGUGUGUCUCCGUGCCUGCACCCGGAAGCCCCGGUCUCAUCCGGUAGCCCCGUGGCUCUACCCCACCCUCAUUCGCCGCUUGAUCACGAAUUACGAUUAGCAAUGGACGACGGUGCUAAUCGUAAUUCGCAGGCCGGCCGUAUUUUGCAUGUUUCCUUUCCAUCUUGUGAUGGUGGGUUUUGUCUUGGUCGUUUUCCAGUGCCAGACCUGACUGCCGUGCCGUUUUGUUAUGUUGGCACAGCUUGCGACCCCCCCGAACUACUUGCAUGGCGUCCUUGGCUGCAGACAGAGACUCGUCAGUGUCUUUCCUGUAUUUUUGUCAGGAGUCCGCCCGCCAGGCGUGGGAUUGUUUGCCUUUUUGUUUGGAUCCCCGAGCAAUCUUGUCAGCCUUUUCAUUGUUCAGAGGACCUUGGCGCGGUUCGUCCUUCCUUUUUUUCUUGCAUGCCCCCAUGGGCCACCCGGCUCAAAACAGGCGACAAAGCUAGGAGUGGGAAUGAUUAUUGCUUUCUUCGGGGGGAUGUCGUGCGUCCGAUCUCGUCUUUGCAUUGCCCGGUCUUGAUCUAUCGUGUGCCCCUUUUCUUCAUCUUGUAGCAAACCUUGUCCAACCAAAGCGAACGGGCGAAACCAUGCAGCCCGUUGCCCUUGACUGUUGAGUAGCGCUGACGGGCUUCAGGUCGGAGUUAGUGCGUGGCUGCUGAUAUUUUUCACGGCAGUCAGUUCUGGAAUCUAUUCACUUUUGACAUGUCAUGACCUUGCAUGCGAGGCCCACCCCCCGUUGCCGCUUCACUGGAAAACCGUCUGCAUGCUUCAAGUCUGGAUCCCAGCACCCUGUUGACUCCCAAAUCGGACUGUAGUGGUCCAAAAUCGACGUAGGAACCGCCGGAGGGAGAAACCGCCUGCGAAAAUGGAUCACCUACUUGCCUAGCAGUGCCCGAGUUUUCCUAGCCGGCUCGUCGGUGCGAACAUUCCCUGCUUUCGGUUUUUUACCCAUACCUUAAGCAGGGAAGAGGAAGAGCCUGAGACUCCGUGCCCUGCCUUUCGUUGUUGUGUUUCUGUUGAACUACUUCGGUAUUCGGGAAGACAGAGACACGACGAUACAAAGCCGAUGGCAUAGCUCUCUUGUUUCUUACCGCUCCACAUAGGUUCUUGUCUUAAACCCUUUGUCCUCCUUAUCCCCAGGUCGGACUCGGACAUUGCACUUUCACUUUCACUUUCGCUUUCACUUUCACCGAUGUUGUUGUACCACUUUUAUUAUCUCGUCCUACAUGUACAAACAAGCAAAGUUUAUUUAUUCGCGCCUAACUCGCCCAACAGAAGAUGUCGAUUAUUUUGAAAUCAAUUUCAUCAUGACAAAAUAACAAGAAUAUAGUCUCGUCACAAAAGCGAAGCUCGUUAUAAUUCCAAAGUUUCAUGGAGAAAACAACAACCCAAUGAACUGGCCGAGGGAUAGGUUUAGAUUUGUCAAAAACAAAAUACGCCGAAGAUGGCAGGUAGUCAUCUGUAUGCAACUUCAACUGACUGUAUGAUACUUGAGAAAAAAUUGUCGUGCACUCAUGUAGUUGUGUAGAGAAAAUUGUAGCAGUCCUUCUGCUCGUCGUGUACAAAAUUAGAAAAACAUUGAAGUAUUCCACCUGCGCGUAGAAAAAAUUAAUCGGAAUUGGAGGGCCCUUGAUAAUAGGUCGCCUGGAG